GAUAUCCGGGCUUUCCGACUAGUUUUAAGUGCUGACGGUACAUCAGUAGUUCGGCUUCGGCUUCGGUCUCUCCUCUUGCAUAGCCGACGUCCAGCUAAGCGCUACUACUGUGGGCCACUUUUUAAAGAACAAGUGCCUGGGCCAUUGGGGUAGAACUCCAAAGCGCAACAAAGCCCAGCUGUGAUGGAGAGGAGGCCUAACGGAGGAUGCCGUCGCAUGGCACUGUCGGCUGUACCCGUCAUUCCCCAGCUGUGAGAGGCCAGAUUGCCGGUUGCCAGGCCCAAUUAGGAUGUCCGUUCAUGGAAUCCUCGUGGCUGCGAGAAAAACAAAGCUGACUCUAGCCGAAGAUUGUCGGCCCCAGAGCGUUGGUCCGUCAGCCAGUUGCCACUACAUCCGUCCAUUCACAUUUACCACCUUCCCGCAUUGUGUAGCGGGCGAUUGCUGCACUGAAACGGAGGCAGACGUGAUGACGGCAAGUUCCGCUGCACGACACGCCAGUAUUGGCGCUCAAGCCUGCAGCCCUCUCGCCCAGAUUUCUGGGAUUGGACAAGAGUCUUCUCCUGGAUACCUGGUAUGCAGCCUGAAAAUUCAGAUACUUGAGGCUGCGAGGUCAUCCCGUGGCAAUGCAACGUCGGUGGAGAAACAAAAAAGCUUGUCGCGCGUUGUAAUCCGAAACGCCGCGGGUACCUGGUACACGGCAAAGAUCGUCGCCCCGUCGGCGCUUUGUCAUCGGAAAUAUCUUGGUUGGUGCAUAAUGCCCCGGGAAGUGAUGCAUCUCAUUCCUUGGAAGAGGCAAAGAUGCACCGAAUCACGAGCUGUUGGUUGGGGCUCAGCUCGAGGUUGAAAUGCCACACGGCUGCAUCGGGCAACGUGCUUGAUCUCUGCGUUUCGUCUGACACUCAGCCACCAGAUUGACGA